AUGGCCUCUUCAAAUCGGCCGUGCGGCCUCAUUGGCCAAACUGGCAUCGAACUCUUAACAUGCAAUACCCCAAACGGUGUCAAAAUAUCCAUCCUGCUCGAAGAACUCAAAGAAGCAUAUGGCUUGGACUACGUUUACCAGAAUAUUGACAUCAUGGAGAACAUUCAAAAGGAGCCUUGGUUUACCAGACACUCUCCAAACGGUCGCAUCCCAGCAAUCAUAGAUCACGAUAGGGAGCAAUUUUCCGUUUUUGAGACGGCCGCAAUCCUCAUGUAUCUGAUACGACACUACGACCCAGACCAGAAGUUCAGCUUCAGUGAUGUCAAUGACAUUUCGCGUACAGAACAGUGGGUUGCUUGGCAACAUGGUGGCAUCGGGCCCAUGCAAGGACAAGCAAAUCACUUUUACCGAAUUAUUAAAGACAGGAUACCUUAUCCCACUCAAAGAUACGUCGGAGAGACGGAGCGCCUUUACGGAGUUCUCGAUACGCAACUGAAGGGCCGUGAUUAUCUCGUAGGUCCCGAUCGCGGCAGAUAUUCUAUUGCCGACAUUGCAUCUUUUGGAUGGGUGAACACUUCAUAUUUUUCCGGCAUCACUCUCUCAAAAUUUCCAAAUGUUGAACGAUGGUGGAGGAAAAUUAGAGACAGGCCGGCCGUACAGAUCGGCAUUCGUAUUCCAGAGCCAAGUCAAGUCCAGAAUGGGAGAAUUCAGGAGAGGUUGGAAGAAGAACCAGCGUUCAAAGCAGAGGAUGACGACAGAAGAAUGGCGGGAGAUAGGGCCAAGAAGCAGUUCAACUACAAGUUUGCUUCUCCAUGA